AUGGGGCGCGUGUGCCUCCUGCUCCUCUGCCUAGUCGCGGCUUGCAGCUCUGUCAAGGCGGCGAGCCGGCCGGCCAAGCCGGCGCGCCACCCCUCGCGGCUGAUCGUCCGGUUUGCCAGCGACGCGGCGGUGUCGUCGGCGGCGGCGGCGGCGGCGGCGGCGGCGGCGGCGGGCACCGACACGCUGAAGCUCGUGGCGCCGCGCCUCAACCUGUUCACGGUGAAGGUCACGGACGGCAGCAGCCCCGAGGAGAAGGCAAAGCAGCUGACGGCGAUGCCAGGCAUACUGUACGCCGAGGUGGAGCUGCAAAUGGAGCUGGCCGGGCGCGCCUUGGCACAGACGCGGCCACCGCCGCCGUCGCCGACGCGCGAGCCGCGCCCGCAGCCGCGCGCCGCCGUGCGCCGGCCCCGCCGCCGCCCCGCCACCGUCACGCCCAACGACACCUUUUGGUCGCAGCAGUGGGGGCCGGCCAUGAUGAACGCCGGCACGGGGUGGGGCCUGCACCGGGACGCCGCCAGCGUGAGGGUGUGCCUGGUUGACUCAGGGGUGGCCUGGGGGCACCCAGACCUGGCCGCCAACCUGGCGCCCAUGUCGGAAGCCUACCAGGCGCUGCACACCGACCGCUACGGCCACGGCACGCACGUGGCGGGGAUUGUGGGCGCGACGCCGAGCAACGGCCUGGGCGUGGCGGGGCUGGCCUUCCGCACCAGCCUGCUCGCUUGUAAGGGGCUCGAGGAUGACGGCACGGGUUAUGUCAGCACCGUCGUCGGCUGCAUCGACAGCUGCAGGUCGCUGGGCGCCCACAUCAUCAACCUCUCCAUGGUGCUGCAAUCCUUGUCCACCCGGGACGACGUCCGCUCCCUCAACGCCUCCAUCAAGGCGGCCACAGACCACGGCGUGUUCAUCAGCAGCGCCGCUGGGAACAACGAGCUCGACCUGGACUACCGCCCCGUCUACCCCGGCAGCUUUGGCUACCCGGGGCUGGUGACUGUGGCCAAUGUGCAGCGGGAUGGCAUGCUGCACCAAGCAGCGUGGAACGCUGGCAGCAACUUUGGCGCCAACUCGGUGCACCUGGCGGCCCCCGGCACCGACAUUCUUUCCACCUACGACGAGUCCACCUUGAAGUGGGGGGGGGCCUACCAGAUCAUGACAGGCACCAGCAUGGCGGCGCCCGCCGUCAGCGCUAUCGCAGCCCUCGCGCUGCCUGCGUCGGGCGGCAAGCUUACAAACGUGCAGCUGCAACAGCUGCUCAUACGCACUUCGCGGCCGCUGCCCGCCCUCAAAGGCAAGGUGAUGUCUGAAGGGGUGGUGGACAUGUACCAAGCGAUUCUGGAGGCCAGAGCGUAUGCCUGA